AUGUUUCCUUGCUUAGAAGAGUUGCUUGUUUCUAACUGCCCCUUAUUGGAAAGUGUUCCCCUGACGGGACAAUGUUUAUCUCUUAAAAAGCUCUGUAUUGAGGAUUGUUCACGAUUAAGCAGUAUCGGGGAUGGACUAGCUACUUCCACGGUUCUUGAGGAGCUAACUAUAGUGAAGUGUGGAGAUUUGUUCUCAAUUCCAAAUUUAAAUGGGUUUUCCGCUCUUCGAAGUAUCUAUGUUUCUGAUUGCGGAAGCUUGGGAAUUGUUCCAAUAGCAGGAAUAUGUUCAUCUCUUAAAGAAUUUUGCAUUUCUAAGUGCAAUGGAUUAAGCAAGAUUGGAGAGGGGUUAUCUACCUCCAUUUGUCUUGAAGAAUUAAAGCUAAGUGAUUGUGCCAAAUUAAGUUUCAUUCCAGAUUUGGAAGAAUUUUCCUCUCUCCGUAUUUUAGAUAUAUCAGAUUGCCACAAACUAGAAACUAUUACGAUAAGAGGAAGAUGUCCAUCUCUUGAAAAGCUUCACAUUUCCUCAUGUCCAAAAUUAAGCAAGAUCGGAGACUGGCUGUCUACCUCCACUAGUCUUGAAGAAUUAAAGCUAGGUGGUUGUGCUAAUUUAAGUUCCAUUCCAGAUUUGGUAGGAUUUUUCUCUCUCCGAAUUUUAGAUAUAUUAGAUUGCCACGAACUAGAAACUGUUCCGAUAAGAGGAAGAUAUACAUCUCUUAAAAAGCUUCAUGUUUCCUUGUGUCCAAAAUUAAGCAAGAUUGGAGACGGGUUGUCUACCUCCACUAGUCUUGAAGAAUUAAAGCUAAGUGGUUGUUCUAAUUUAAGUUUCAUUCCAGAUUUGGAAGGAUUUUCCUCUCUCCGAAUUUUAGAUAUAUUAGACUGCCACGAGCUGGAAACUGUUCCGAUAGAAGGAAGAUGUUCAUCUCUUGAAAAGCUUCACGUUUCCUCGUGUCCAAAAUUAAGCAAGAUAGGAGACGGGUUAUCUACCUCCACUAUUCUUGAAGAAUUAAAGCUAAGUGGUUGUUCUAAUUUAAGUUCCAUUCCAGAUUUGGAAGGAUUUUCCUCUCUCCAAAUUUUAGAUAUAUCAGACUGCCACGAAUUGAAAACUGUUCCGAUAAGAGGAAGAUGUUCAUCUCUUGAAAAGCUUCACGUUUCCUCGUGUCCAAAAUUAAGCAAGAUAGGAGACGGGCUGUCUACCUCCACUAUUCUUGAAGAAUUAAAGCUAAGCGGUUGUUCUAAUUUAAGUUCCAUUCCAGAUUUGGAAGGAUUUUCCUCUCUCCAAAUUUUAGAUAUAUCAGACUGCCACGAAUUGGAAAUUGUUCCGAUAAGAGGAAGAUGUUCAUCUCUUGAAAAGCUUCACGUUUCCUCGUGUCCAAAAUUAAGCAAGAUAGGAGACGGGCUGUCUACCUCCACUAUUCUUGAAGAAUUAAAGUUAAGUGGUUGUGCUAAUUUAAGUUUCAUUCCAGAUUUGGAAGAAAUUUCCUCUCUCCGAAUUUUAGAUAUAUCAGACUGCCACGAAUUGAAAAUUGUUCCGAUUAGAGGAAGAUGUUCAUCUCUUGAAAAGCUUCACGUUUCCUCGUGUUCAAAAUUAAGCAAGAUAGGAGAUGGGUUGUCUACCUCCACUAGUCUUGAAGAAUUAAAGCUAAGUGGUUGUUCUAAUUUAAGUUCCAUUCCAGAUUUGCUUUACAUUUUCUCGUGUCCAAAAUUAAGCAAGAUAGGAGACUGGUUGUCUACCUCCACUAGUCUUGAAAAAGUAAAGCUAAUUGGUUGUGCUAAUUUAAGUUCCAUUCCAGAUUUGGAAGGAUUUUCCUCUCUACGAAUUUUAGAUAUAUCAAACUGUCAUGAACUGAAAACUGUUUUGAUAAGAGGAAGAUGUCCAUCUCUUGAGAAGCUUCUCAUUUCCUGGUGUCCUAAAUUAAGCAAGAUAGGAGAUGGGUUGUCUACAGCCACUUGCCUCAAAAAGUUAAAACUAUCCCAUUGUGGUAACUUAAAUUCCAUUCCAGAUUUAGUAGGAUUUUCCUCUCUUCAUAUUUUAAAUAUAUCAAACUGCAACAAUCUGGAAAUUGUUCGAAUAACAGGAAGGAACGCAACUCUCCAAAAGCUUGAAAUUAUUGCAUGUAAAAAAUUACGCCAAAUAGGAGAUGCACUGCUUACCUUCACUUUUCUCAGAAAAUUGAGGAUAGUGAACUGCCCGAAUUUGGGGCCCAUUCCAAGAGUACAUAAUGCUUAUCUCACGGAAUUAGACUUCACUGGUGUAGGCGAAGGUUUAACUCGUCUGCUACCAGAUUUGCUGCAACCCAAUGAUUUCCUUCACAAUCUGACACUAUCUGAUUUGCCUGAUCUAAGAUCGAUUCCAGAAAGUCUGGGGGACAUGUGUUUUCUUGAUCAUUUAACAAUCAAAAGGUGUCCAACAUUGAGGAGCAUUCCAAUUGACCUCCUUGGCCGCCUUGAUUUCUUGAGAAGGUUAGAUAUUGGUGGUUUCUCAGAAGAGCUAGAAGAAUUCCCAGGUAUGGAUUCCAUCCAACAUCUCAGACUUCAAGAAUUGCGUUUGCUUGGAUGGGAAAAGCUACGUUCUCUUCCUUACCAACUCCUACACCUCACUGCCCUUGAAGAACUGGAGAUACAGAGGUUUCACGGCAUAGAAGCCUUGCCUGAUUGGUUGGGAAACCUCUCCUAUUUAAAGUGUCUGAGAAUCGUUUCAUGCGAUAAGCUCAUGUAUCUGCCUUCUGAACGUGUUAUGCGAAGCCUCUCCAAAUUAACAACAUUUAUAAUUUCAGAGUGUCCUCGAUUAGAGGCAAGAUGUUCCAAGGAAAGCGGUCCUGAGUGGUCCAAGAUUUCCCACAUUUGUAGAAUCUCAAUUAUGUGCAAGCGUCUUUGGUUUAGCAACUUAUCUGAACCAUUAAGGAUUACUACGUAUAAAGCUCUAGUCACAUCUGUGAGUUAUGGUACUACCAUCCAUGUUCCAUUUUUACCCAAAUCAGCUGUUCUUGACAACAUAUCACGUACUUGUUCAUUGCAGCCAGCCUAUCUUCCGCUUUACCUCCGUUCUCUUUCUGUUUUCCAGAAGGCAUCAACUAUUAUACUCCUGAUGGAAGCACUUAGGAUAGCCACCCGUUAUGGUACUAACCUUGUUACAUGUUUCUCCAAGUCAGUUGUCCUUGACAAACAUAUCAUAUGCUUGUUCAUCAUAUCUUGCUGCUUUACCACCAUUCUCUUUCUUAGCCUAGCCUUUUGCAUAUUGGCAGGCAAAGUGUCUCCCUGCAGAGAAGUGGUGUUACUUAAGAUCAUAGAGGAAGUCUCUUGCAAGAAUCUUCGAUACAAGAGAUCCAGUCAUGCAACAUCACCCAAUUGUUUUUCCUACUUGUCUGAAGCAUCAAGGAUUGUGAGUAAGGUUUCUCGUGAUAUCCGACCAGAAUUUAGUUCUGUUCCUGAAAGCCAUUCUUGUUUUGCUCCUGAGGGAAGCACUUACAAUUGCCACCCCUUUAUGGAACUAACCUUGGCUACCAAAUCACCUGUCCUUGACAACAUAUUGGGUAGUAAGCUAGAAGGACUUAGCCAUGAUCGGAGAGGACCAGCACCAGAUUUGAUUGGAAAAGCUAUUCACAAAGGAAAAGGAGCUCGCAUCUGUGUAUCUAGCUAA